AUGGCAAACGAUUCCCGCCGACGAGCCUCCAUCUUCCGCGAAGUAGGUCUGGAGAGCGACGAUAGCCUGCCUUCACCGCAACCCGGCUCGGUUAGAAAGGAGCGCCCGCAGAGCGUGCGGUUCAGGAGCAAGGACGAGAUACACGUGUUCGAGCAAUACCACGACGACGAUCAUGCGCCGGUAGCAGAGCGCGACCAUUUUCAAAGGGCAGAACACACGUCGACGGUUCCACCUGCAAGAGUCAGCCAGUCGCCUCUCCCCAGCUUCGCGAACACCACUAUGUAUCGCAUCGGGGUCUGCGUGCUGUUGAUAGCGGCGGCGGUACCCUUGCUGCCACGAGGAUUCAUAGAAGGGCACAGGUCGGCUCUGCCGAUUCAAGGUGUCAGUGGAGGGCCCAUACCAGAAAAGGCGGUGUCGCCAAAAGUGUUCGAUUUGGACAAAAGAGCAGACACGCCGACAGACUGGUGUUUCAAAUGGGCGCAACAAUCUGCGAUCGUGAACGGUACCCUCUAUCUGUACGGCGGUGAAGCUACCACCGAGGAUGGACAGACAUCAAAUACUUGGAACAACGACUUCCUUACCAUUGACCUUACGAAAGACUGGCAGAUCAGCACGCCCUCCUUGACAGGUCUACCCAGGCCGUCAGGUCCACCGGAUGUCGCGUUGGGAUACUUGUGGAACUCGUACGAUUCGCUGUACCUUUAUGGUGGCCAAUUCUCCUGGAAGCCACCAGUCGAACCUGAGCCGUUCUCACUCUGGGAAUACGACAUCGCAGACUCUUCGUGGACCGAACAUAGCAACCCAGAGACUUCUAGUGGCAAGAGUGCCACCGAUGAAGGCGAGCCUGUGCAGAGAUCGGCAGAAGGUGCUGGUGUCAGCGUACCGUCCCUUGGUAGAGGGUUCUACUUUGGCGGCCAUCUCGAUGCGUACACUACGCCUGGCUGGGACGUGAGUGUCUGGCGACUCUACCUGCAGUCAUUGUUGGAGUACACCUUCCCAGGGUACGCCAAUCCCCAGGUCAGUUCUCUGUCCGGCGAUGAUACCGCGGGCUCUGACGGCGUAUACCGCAACAUCACCAAUGCUGGUCUGCAAGACACUGCUGGCUUCACCCGGCGUGCCGAUGGACUACUCAUCUACGUGCCAGGAUUUGGCGACCAAGGGAUCUUGUUGGCUUUGGCUGGCGGGACUAAUACAACGUUUACACAAAUGAAUGUGCUGAACGUGUAUGAUAUCGCGAAGAGCUCGUGGUACCUGCAGUCCACUUCUGGACCAACGCCCAAGAUCCGCGUGAACCCUUGCGCAGUCGUCGCUGCGGCUGCAGAUGGUAGCAGCUACAAUAUCUACAUGUUUGGCGGCCAAAACCUCAUCCCGGCGGGCAACCAAACGCAAUUCAACGACAUGUGGAUCCUCAGUCUCCCCACCUUCACCUGGAUCCAGGUAGACCAAGGCGGACAGUCGCUACCUGACGGAAGAAGUGGGCACACUUGCAACGUCUGGGAUGCACAAAUGGUCAUGGUGGGCGGCUACACCGGCGGCCAGCUCUCUUGCGAAUACCCAGCGACUUACGUCUUCGACCUGAGCAACCUACAAUGGGUCCAGCAAUUCACCGCGCUCAGCGCAAAUGCCAAAGACGCAAGCGACAACCCGUUGAACCAACAAGGCAACCAGAAGGCCUCGGGCGGAGACCCUGGUGGACUGGAAGGGUCGUACGGCUACCAAGUCCCAGACGCAGUAAUUUCAGUCAUCGGCGGCGACAAAGACGGCCACGCGACCAUCACGACACCAAUCCAAACAGCUACCGCCGGACCUCUCAAGACCGGCUCACCAGUCACCUAUACCAUCACCGGUUCCAACGGAGCCACGAUCACAGAAACUGCCAUUGGCGGCAGCAAGGGCGGCUCCACCUCCAGCGAUGAUGACGGAAGCGGCGGCCCCAACAUCGCCGCCAUCGUCGUCGGCGUCAUCUGCGGCCUGCUCUUCCUCCUCAUCUGCUACCUCCUCUUCUGCCUCUUCCUCUACCGCAAGCAACUCGCCCUCUACAAACGGCACGUCGAAAUGACGCAACGCCAGGCCGCAGGGGAGAAACCACCUGCGAUACCCGGUCUCUGGACGAGCGAUAGCGCGAAGACUUCAUCAGAGCGCCCCAAGCCACCCGCAGGGCUGUUUGCGAGUUCGAAUGGGGAGGGCUCGAGUCACGUCGGCAGCCACGGCGCAUCACAGGCCGGCAGCGGUGGGCAGACGAGCUCGAAUACAGCAGCGGGCGGAUAUAGCUCGGUGAGGAGGAGUAGUGACGAGAGCAGUACUGAGAGUGAUUUGCUUGGUGGGAGAGAGCCGACGUUUGUCGGAGUGAUGUUGCACCCGCGAAGAAGUUUACGGGUGACGAACCGAGACUGA